CCCCGAUUUUCCCGUGUCUCCCUAGGCGAGAGCGCUGACGCUGACGCACCGCCUUCGGCGUCGCAGACAACGAUGGGCCGUCGCGACGCCCGCUCUCGACGCUCGCGACGGCAGUCGUUCGUCGCCGGCAGCGCGAGAAACACCUGCUCGUGUCGCGGCCAUGCGGAAAGUUCGCUGUUCUCGAUUGCUCCUCACCAGAUAAGACCAACAAUCAUCGCACAAAGCGACGAUCCCAACCGUGCCAUAUCAACGCCAACCUCAUCGCCAACGUAACUGCCCUCACCAACUCACUUCAAUGUCUCCAUGGAAGCUUUCCUCCUCAACAACAGCCAAUUGGCCCUGUUCAGUACAAACCACGCCCACCUCGCUAUCGACAACCUAUCCGACAGCGACGUCAACGUCACCAGGACCGUCUCCAGACUGAGCUCGCCGUUAGCCGUCACCAUAGCCGUGCUGCUCGUGUUCCUCUUCUCUCCGAUGAUCCUCAUCGGCAACUCGCUGUUCCUCGUGGCGAUGUACCGUUUCAAGCGCCUGCGCACGCCCAGUAACUACCUGUUCAUCUCGCUGGCUACCAGUGACCUCGGCAUAGGCAUGUUCAUGCCUGUAGGCAUGUACUUGGAAUUGGGAGGUGCUCAGGACUUCACCAGCAUACGCGUAUGCCUCUUCAGCUACGGCGUUGCCAUAUCGCUGUGCUGUGUGUCGGUGCUGGUCAUGGUGGCGAUAGCGGUGGAUCGGUUCACUUCCUUGGCCAGACCAUUGAGGUACAACAAUUUGAUCACGCAUUCGGCGGUGGAGCGGUACAUAGUGGUGUUUUGGGCAUACUCGUCUCUGGUCGGGUUCACGCCAUUGGGGUACUUUUUGCUGAAUCAUACUGAUCAACGUACUGAAAUCUGCUCAUUCGGUGGUCUGGUGGCCAAACCAAUCCAACUGUUCAUGUUCUGUGCUGUCUACGGCCCCAGCGCAGUCGUUCUUCUAGUGUGCUACGGCUACGUCUACGUGGUGGCCAGAGGGCAUGCGCGUGCUAUCAGAUCGGAAGUACGUCACUCGAGACACACCGUCAGGCAUGCCAACAUGACUUCCGGUCCAGGACCGCCCAGAUACGGCCUGGCGUUAGCCAUCACAGCUGGGAUGUUUUUGGUGUUAUGGCUGCCGUUUCAAGUGUGUAUGCUCAUCGACGUCUUCAUAGGCACGAACAUCCUCUCAGCUUGGAUAUCGGUCUACCUGGCCCUACCCAUACUAGCCAGCAGCGCUUUCAACCCUUGGGUGUACGGCUACAGGAACUCAGAACUGCGCUGCGCAGUCCGCAGGGUAGUAGACGACCUGUUGCACGUCCUGGGCUUCACGCACCGCAGCCACAGAACCUCCGACCCGAUAGCACCAAGCGCAGCCGCAACAGUUGGUGACGCAGGCUCGUUCAUCAACCACGUGCAGCUAGCGUGCCAGGACUGGAAGCCUGACGGGGACUUCCUAUUGGUGCCGAUGGCGAAGCCUGAGAGCUCUGGGGUGAUUUCGGAUUGCGAGUCGCGAGUUUUUUGUGAGAGCAGCAGGAUCAUUCUGGGGUCGGACGGUGCCAGGGUGCUUAGGGGGAGUAGGAGUAUGGUGGAGACGUUUGCGAUUACUAGGGGAUCGGAGGUGAUGGUGAAACCUGGGCGGGAGAGAGAAAUGAAACAUGGUGCGAGUGUGGUGUGAAAAUAACCGAAUCUUGUCUUCGUCAGUUUUUUGGAAGAAGAGGAAGUAUUGAUGCUACAAUUAGAUAGCUCUGGAACAAGUAUUGUGGAAGUUGAUGUGUACAAGGUGUCCGUAAAUUAUGCGCAGAAUAUCAAAAGGGGUGAUUCUGCAUGAGAAAACAUGAAAUUUAUUUCAUAUACCAAGUGUCCCAGUAUACUUGUUCCAAUAGAUUAUCUCAGCCAUUUCGAAAGAUGAAAAUUUGAAAAUUUCAUCAUCUACUACAAUUCUAAUAAUUUGAAAUAAUUAUUGAAGUCACAAUCAGGAUUACAAAAAUAUCGUAGCCUACUGCAAUUCGUUCUAUUUGGAAUUUCAAUUGUCGUUUUCUCCAUCAAAUCAAAUUUAAAAUACGAAGUAUGUAUGUAUGUUGAAAACUAUGCAUUUCCGGACCCACGUACAUAUGAAAUGAAUUUCUCAUUUUAUCAUGUAGAAUCUCCCCCUCGAUUUUUUAAGCAUAAUUUCCGGACACCCUGUAGGUCUACUGGGUGACGCAUUAUGGAGUAUUGCCCCAAUAACAUUUUUAUUUUCGGCAGGUAAAAAACAGACUCGAAGGGGAUUUUUUUGCUUCUUGAUUCAACAGGUAGGUACAUUUCCACAAGAUAUACAGAAAGUAGCAAAAAUAUUAUGGAUGAUUUUGAAUUGGACACUCCAUAUAUUUGCUCGACAUUCCAUAGGAAGGCCUUUUGAAGAGCUCCUCGAAAAUACCCCACACAAUACAGUGUGUCCCACUUACCAUGCUCACCAUGAGUAUCUUUUUGACGGUGAGAGAUACGAGGUCGGUUAAAUGACACCAAAUGUGGAGUUUGUCAAGGCCAACUAUAAUGUGAGAAAAUAUUUUGAUAAAAUCUAUUCGUUUUUGUUUUAUACGCAAAAAACAGAUUUUGAUCAUGAUCAUGUCUCCUCCGUAACUUUUUUAUUUAUGAAAAUAUUCAAAUAGGAAUUUCACAUAUUCAUGUCAGUUUUUCAAAAUGAUUUCGAAAAAAAUAUGAAAUUUAUACCAACUCUAGAAUUUGAGAUAUCAGCACCAACUUCAGUUUUUCAAAUGUAGGUCAUAGCUCAAUAUGACUUAGUUACAAAUAACUUUUUUUUCUCUUACAGAUGAUGUGUCGCAGUAAUAGUUUUGUGUUGAUAACAACGGAGUUAUCGUCAUUUAUACAAAUACAAAAAAUUAUUUGGACGCCGCCAUCUUGAAUUUAUAAAUUUUAACAAAAAAAUCAUGAUCUCCGACCUCAAAAGCCCCCACUCACCAAUUUUGAAUGGAAUCGGACCAAAUCUUGUCCGCCAUCUUGGAGCAGCCAUUUUUUUUUAAUUUCAACAAAAAUCCCAUAAUGAAUUGUCACCGGAAUUAUGAACA